AUGGGAGUGAUAGAAAGAACCAGGAAUGUAUCUUUGGAGAUGAGAGGACAGGACAUCGUCGGGGUCAAGACUUGGGAAGGCAGCAUCAGGACUCCUUUGGCGGCACUUGCUGAUUACCAUUGGCAACUUAAGCGACACGAGCGCGCAAAGACACAGAAGCAAGUCGGUCUGAUGGGAAGGCUGUUGGCGUCAAAAGCCAUGAUUCUGCAAGAUCUUGGUCCCUUCCCCGUGCCGCAGAAUUACUUGCCCCGUGAAAAGCAAAUACGGUUUUCCACUAUGAAAAAAUUGGAACAUCACUAUCAGGACAUGCACAACCUCACGGUAGCACCCAAUGCGACGAGAAUGAGAACAGAAAGAGGGAGGCUACUGGCGAUUGGGUGGUACAGGGAGCUUCUGCAAGGACAUCUACCAUCCUGGCGCGCCAAAGACCAACAGUUCCUUCAACUUGGCCAAACCCAACCUCCUCAAACCCAACCUGCUCAAACCCAGCCUGCCCAAACCCAGCCUGCCCAAACCCAGCCUGCCCAAACCCAACCUGCCCAAGCUGAUCAGCCUCAGACCGCCAAUCAAGAUGUCCCUCAACACUGA